AGCAGCUCUUGUUCACACUCACCUCAGCAACAACUUCAGCACAUACUACACAAUGGGUCGCGUCCGCACGAAAACCGUCAAGAGAGCCUCGAAGGCCAUCAUCGAGCGCUACUACCCCAAGCUCACCACCGACUUUGAGGUCAACAAGCGUCUCACCGAUGAGAUCGCCAUCAUUGCCUCCAAGAGACUGCGUAACAAGAUCGCCGGUUACACCACCCAUCUCAUGAAGCGUAUCCAGAAGGGACCCGUCCGCGGUAUCUCCUUCAAGCUCCAGGAGGAGGAGCGCGAGCGGAAGGAUCAGUACGUUCCCGAGGUCUCUGCGCUUGAUCUUUCGCAGCAGCCCGACGGACAGCUUGAGGUUGACUCGGACACCAAGGACCUCCUCAAGUCGCUUGGCUUCGAGCGUCUCCCCAUCACCGUCACCCACAUCUCUCACUAAAUUAUUUUAUGCACAUCUCAUCUUUCCUUUGGCUUUUCUCUGGUCUCCGAAAGUGCGUUUAUGUUUGUCUGAUAUGAUAUAAAGUCAGACAGGUGGAGGGAUAGCAGAAGGGAAACAGCGAAUAGCUACAAGGGCCGAUCAUUUGUACAGUACCUCAAUAAAAGUAAAAUAAUGGUUCAUUGGUCUAAAAUAU